AUGGAUGUGACCGUGGACUCAUCCAUUGAGGCUACUGUCGCCCAAGUCACCAAAGUCACCAGCGGCACCCUCUACUUCCUGGUGAACAAUGCCGGACGAGGCCUCACAUCUCCUCUCUUGUAUGUGGAUUUGAUCAUGGUGCGGGAGGUCUUUGACUUGAACCUCCUAUCGGCGCUAUACGUCACGCAAAAGUUCGCACCGUGCCUAGUCGGGACCAAAAUAAAGGUCAUAAACAUUGGGUCUAUCGGCGGCAGCGUCGUCACGCCCUAUACAGGGAAUUUCAUCGGCACGGAUAACAUCUCAGGGCUGUCGGACAACGCAAGAUACACGUUGCACCCACCUCGGAGUAACGAUGAUGCUGACGAACUAUCAAACUGGAAAGGCAACCAAUCCGACAAUAUCAGUCCGCCCUUCCUCGCGCUGUCAUUUGGAAAGCACAUGUAUUCUCCACAAGGAUGGAUCGCAGGUUCCUCGAAUGAUUCCGACAUCUGUGAUAUUCAGCUGGCGAAAGAUUAUACAUCCGGCGUCAGUAGAAGAUACUUCAGAAUCGAUGUCAAUCCAACUGCGCAUAGCCCUAGACUCACAGUGAUAUCAAGGAACCCCAUCCAGAUCCAUGAUGAUGGCCACUCGGUAAUUCUCUCACGAGGGGAAUCCUUAGAGAUCGGGACUGCAGUUACUGUUGAUCUAGGAGAAGCCACCUUGAGAGCUUGGCGACCGAUCUUAUCACAUCGGGAAGAGCUUGAUUAUCGCAGAAAUGCUGAGGAAUUCAGCAGGGCAUUCCUUCAUGCGCUCCCACGAUUCCCAAUCAGUCUCAACGUUCCUGAGGGUUCCACGUUCGAUCUGAGGUUAGGAAAUAACGGCACAGUAUUUAGAAGGGUAAGAGAUGGACAUGGAGGCGUAGGUGGGUUUGUAACGGUCCUAGGGUUCUUUUGGGAGUAUAACUCCCAAAAGAUCUUCGCCGCGAAGGUGCCACACUUUAAAGCAUCUGACCCCUCAAGCGUGGUUCGGAAACGUUGGGAAUCAUGA